AUGGGGUUUCUCGGCAUUCUCGAAGACAAGAAACUCCCGCAUGUCCCGGGAACAGUCAUCCUCAACGAAGAGGCUGCGAAAUCCGAGAAUCUCACUUCCGGCCUGAAGCAUGGCACUGGAAAGGAUGCGCAUAUCGUCCUGGCGCCGCAGCCGAGCGACGACCCGAACGACCCACUGAACUGGUCCCAGACCAAGAAAUUCAUCAACAUCUUCAUCAUCGGGCUCGGCGCGAUCCUCAACGCGGCAACCAUGGGCCCAUUGCUGAAUGCUGGCAUGUUUGACAUCUCUCAGGAGUUCAACGUCCCCAUCGGCAACAUCACCUUGAUAUCGGGCUACCAGCUCCUCGUCGUCGCAUGCUCAGGCCCCAUCGUCUCUGCCUGCUCGCGGAAAUGGGGCAAGCGUCCUUGCUUCAUCAUCUCGACAGCGUUUGCCAUCCUUGGUACCAUCGUCGGCUCUGCAUUGCCUACCUAUAAUGGUCUUCUCGCCUCCCGCAUCAUUCAAGGAGGCUCCACUAGCGCCUACGAGUCUCUCAUCGUCGCUGCUGUCGGAGACUUGUACUUUGUUCAUCAGCGUGGUAUCUACAUGUCGGGGAUUCAGUUCAUUCUUGGCGGGGUUUCCAACUUCACGUCGAUUAUCUGCGGCGUGAUCACUACAAAUCUGGGAUGGAGAUACCUGUUCCACAUCCUCAUCGCUUUCGUUGGGGCACAGUUCAUCCUCCUCAUCCUCUUCUGCCCCGAGACCAGCUAUAUCCGAGACCGGCGAUACAACACCGAUGAAAUAGCCAAUGACAACCUCGAAGAUCUGGCUGCCGGAGAAAAGGGAAACAAACAGGGAUCGCAAAUCGAAGAGGCAGGGAACACGACAGACACCACCACCACCAACAGGCCCAUCCCAGCUCCCAAGACCUUCGUGCAGCAGAUGGCCAUCUUCACAGGUACCUAUUCGGACGAAAACAUGCUGCAGCUCAUCCUCGCCCCGUUCGCAGUCUGCACCAACCUGGCUGUCCUCUGGGUUGUCAUCGUCUCGGGAACCAUCACAGCCGCAUACAUUGUGCAGGCGUACGUGCUGGCCCAGAUCUUCUCCCUGCCGCCCUACAACCUCCAGGCCGCGGGCAUCGGCUACCUCUCUCUGGGCCCCUUCAUCGGCAGCGUCAUCGCCUCCAUUCUCCUCGGCUUUGUCCUGGAUCCCACCAUCCGGUGGGCGACGACCCGGAACAAGGGCGUCUACGAGCCCGAGUACCGCCUGCUCCCCAUGGUCGGGUCACUUCUCGCCGGCGCCGCGCUCAUGGCCUUUGGCGUCAUGUGCGAGAGGGGGAUCAGCUACUACGCCACGGCGACGGUGCACGGCAUCGUCUUGUUCGGGGUCAUCUUUGCGACCAUUUCCACGGCGGCGUAUGCGCUGGACGCGUAUCGGGACAUGAGUAGCGAGAUCUUCAUCGCGGGCAUGAUGUUCAAGAACAUCCUGUUCUACGCCUUCAGCUACUUCACCAACGACUGGACGGCGCGUGCUGGGUCGGCCGAGGUCUUCUAUGUCUUUGGGGGGGUGAGCCUUUUCUUGACUCUCACUACGCCUGUUGUUUUCAUAUUCGGCAAGCGGUACCGCAGCAUGUGGCACCGUCACAACCUGCUGGAGAAGUUCAAUAUCAGGACACAUGCUGAAUAG